AUGGCAGAAAAAGAAAAGGUCACCACCAUAAUGAAACUCAAAGUUGAUCUUCAGUGCAAUAAAUGCUACAAAAAAGUCAAGAAAGUUCUAUGCAAAUUUCCUCAAAUUCAAGAUACGGUGUUUGAUGAGAAGAACAACAUGGUAAUAAUCAAAGUGGUUUGUUGUAGCCCUGAGAAGAUCAGAGACAAGAUUUGUUGCAAAGGGUGUGGUGUCAUCAAAAGCAUAGAAAUUCUUGAACCUCCUCCACCUCCCAUACCCAAACCCAAAGAGCCUGUGAAGCCCAAAGAGCCUGAAAAGCCUAAGGAGCCAGAAAAACCCAAACAACCAGAGAAGCCAAAAGAGCCUGAGAAACCAAAAGAGCCUGAAAAACCCAAGGAGCCUGAGAAGCCAAAAGAAUUGCCUCCUCCACCGCCGGCGCCGAAGCCCGAACCACCGAAAGAACCUGCAAAACCACCACCGCAGCCGGAGUACAUACCGGGACCGCCACCUUCGAUUCCGGUAUGUCCUCCACAGAUGGUGGUUCCGAUCGGGGUAUGUUGCGGGUCAUGCUAUGAAGGUAGGGGAGGUGGGCCAUGUUUUCAGGGCUACGGUGGGCCACCACAGGUAAGUUGUUACGAUGGGUACUACGGAAGACCGAUUUAUGAUAGUUACGGUGGUGGCAGACCUUGUUAUGAAUAUUUAUGUGAAGAAAAUGCAUCUGGUUGCACAAUUAUGUGA